AUGAGUUCGACUGUUGUUGGAAGACCGCACGUCAAGGAGUUUGGCUUGUCGGAGGUGUAUACUGCCAACAAUCCCUUGGUCGAUGUGGUUUUUGUCCACGGCCUGAACGGCUCCGCCUAUGAAACGUGGACGACGAAGAAAUCGGAUAUCUUUUGGCCGGCAGACCUUCUUCCCAAGACCCUUCCCGCUCAGCAACUGCGCAUUCUAACGUAUGGUUACAAUGCGAACGUCACUGCGUUUCUGGAUGGGACGUCAAAAGACAAAAUACACAAUCACGCCGAGCACCUUGCCGCCCAUCUCUUUGCCAAUAGAAAUUUGAACGGAGCUGUCGAGCGGCCGAUCAUCUUCAUAUGCCAUUCUCUCGGCGGUUUAAUCGUCAAGAAAUGUCUUUCCGUAUGCUCAAGAGUCCAGCACGAGCAUAUACAGCACUUGCGCUCGAUUUACAUUUCGGCAUAUGCUAUCCUAUUUUUAGGAACGCCUCACAAUGGAUCGGAUAUCGCCAAGUUUGGCAGCCUACUUCAGUCGAUUUGCAGUGCUGUUAUGCCGAAGAAAAUAUUCGACACAAGCCCCCAGCUCAUCAAUAGCCUGAAGACGGACAACGAACAUCUGCAGAUUAUCAACCGUGACUUUGCGCAAAUAAUGAGCAAAUUUCGUAUUUACUUCUUCCACGAGUCAAAACCGAUGGAUCUCAAGAGUACUCGCGCCUUUAUCGUCGAUGAGUCGUCUGCUGCCCCAUUGAUCGAUGGAGUAGAACGCAUGGGGAUUGAAGCUGAUCAUGGAGGCAUGUGUCGAUUUGAAGACAAUAACUCACCGGGCUAUGAAGCGGUCGCCGAGGCAGUCCUUCGUUAUUCGACUGACGCCCCAAAGGUUAUCCCCGGAAGAUGGAUACAGGAGCAUAAAGAACGAUUGUUCGAACGGCAGGAGGAGGCGAAGCGACUCUAUGGACUGACCGACGCGCCUGUGGGAAGUUUAGUUUCUCUACGGUUGGAAAAACUUGAGUCUCUUUCCAAUUCUGUAACUGCUCUUUUACCGAGUCCACCAUCUGAAAGUGGGGACAUUCCUCGUUCACAAGAUCCAGAAAAGGAUCGCUUCAUCAGAGUUGUGCCUCCCGGUUUUCACCCAAAUUCUACGUUUUUUGGCAUGGAGAAGGAACUUGAAGAGCUGCAUACCCGUCUAUACAUGGCCAAAAAGAGAACCGCUGGAACUGUUGCCGUCCUAUUAUAUGGCGGCCCUGGCGCCGGGAAAUCACACCUUGCACGCCAAUACAUGUACACGUAUCAGUCGUUAUACCCUGGAGGAGUCUUCUGGAUCGAUUGUCGGACCAGAGAGUCACGCUAUAACGGUAUUUGGCAAAUCGCACAAAUGGCGGAUGAACAGAUUGCACAAAAGGACAGUCAAGAUCCUAACUGGAGGAGCACUGGAGUUUACGUCGAGACCGUACGAAAAUGGCUUGAGUCAAGAGAGAAUUGGCUGCUUGUUUUUGAUGACAUAUCCUUCGAACACAGCAGUGAGAUUAACGAAUUCAAAAAUGUCCUCCCGUUCACGAAAAACACAGCCAUAAUUUACACUUCAAUUGAUCGAACCCUAAGCAAAAAGCAAAGGCUACUAGAACCAUAUGGUUUAGAAGUCAAACGGCUUGCUUUGCCAGCGGCUUGCAAAAUGCUCUUUAAAGAUUUAGGUAUUAAGAAUCCAACACCCGAACAAGAGAAAAAGGCAACUGAAUUGGUGAAAUACUACCAAUGUCUGCCUCUGGCAAUUCACGCCAUUGGCCACCGCCUGAGGGCGUCUGGGAGGGCUUUGGAAAAAUACCAUUUUGAUUCACAUCUCACUGAUGAAAGGCUUGCCGAGCCUUACCGUGAUAUUAUGAGAGACCUUUUCAAUUAUGAACACUAUGAAGCACUUAACCUGAUAAAAAUUCUUUCCUUUUUUGGACACCAUGUCCCAGUCGGCAUGCUGGUCCUAGGGAGGAAGGCCCUGCUUGACUAUAGUGUUGAGAUAAGAACCAGUGACCGUGGAGGAAGCAACCAGCGCCACCUGGAUAAUACCAUCACUGUUCUGAUCAAAUAUGGGCUGAUAGAGAGAACAUUAUACCUUUACUAUUUGAGUGACAUGGGUGACUCGGGUACUAUGGGGGGCUCACGAAUGUCAUCCGAUGCAGAUGACUCUCAUGUGAGCGACAACGAUUUUUCCGCCGCAGCUCGAAGCACGAUAGAUACCAUCAAGAUCCAUACUGUUGUCCAAGGAUUCUGUCGUGAUGAGUUGAAGGAUCAAGGCGAAAACCACUACUAUUGGUGGCUCGCGCUUGCAACUGCUCUAUUUUGUCUAUCCUACGAUAACGCCAAAGCCCAUAUGAGAGCAACAAGGGGCUCCGGGCUAGCAAGAGAUUAUCGGGAGUACUUAACUCAUGCCAGGCGGCUGAUGAGCCACUUUCCUACGAAACUUACCAAAGUAGCAAUCAGCCUGCAAAAUUUGCAUGAUACCUUAAGUAAAUUGACUGCUGAUAUGGAAAGUGAAAUUGCAGACCGCUCCCCGGGCUCCUCACAGGAAUCUUUCCGUAAUAACAAAUCGAUUUUCGACAGAACCAGCAGCAUGUCCUCCGUUCCAGACACACCUAACAGUCAAAUAUCGUCGCUGUCUUGGGGAGUAGGCUUGGAUCACACCAAGUCGGAAUCGCCAGUUGAUAUAUAUUUCCCUCAACAACUUGCUCCGUCAGUUAACAAUCCAAGUUUCCAUAUACCGAUCAUAACAGAGGAUGUCGAUUGUGCAAAAAGCUUUGAGGAGGGAAGCCAAGUUACUGAAAUGUCUCGUGCCCCAUCGCAGGCAACAGCAACACCUCAAGUCACAUUAAACGACGGCGACGAAACUGGAUGGCAAGUAGUAGAGAAAAAGCCUAGACGUGGCUUUUUCUCAGUACUCAACCAGUGGAGAAAAACCAGGAACAGAAAAAACCUUGGGAAUUUCAGGCCUAAACCAACAGUUUCCGUGACACAGGUUAAUGUUGAGGCAAAAGAUUCGCCAAUCCACACUCCCUCAAUACAUUCUGUAGACGGAAGAUCGUAUGCAGAAUCAGCUUUGGCGGCGGUUCAGCGAUCGAGCCCACCCAUUCCCGGAGGAAGAAAACCAAUCGGUCGAUCUGGUAGCCAGAAGGAGAACCGUCCAAGCUACGCUGACGUUGUUGCUAACCAGCCAAUGCCUCUUGCUGGACGCUCAACUUCUUCCCUAAACCAGCCGCCCCCGCCUUUCAUUCCACGGCCUAAUCCAUUUCAAGAUGGGUUUGGUAUCCACCGAGACAAUUCCCUUGCACCCAGACCGACGAGAGAUCGAUACGAUGCGCUAUCGCAAUCUACGCAUAGCGACCCUGGCGUGCCUAGAGUGGUGCAUCAUCAGCCCUCAAACUCUGCCACAGAUUCCCAGACUUCAGCCAGGUCAGAAGAUUUCACCCAAUAUACUUAUACAAAUCGAGAUUCGUACGGUUCUCAACCGGGUUUUGGACCUAAUCCACUACCUCUCCCAUUCCAGUCUAAUGUAAGUGUUACGCGCCGUUCAGAACGUAACUCGGUUCCGAAUCUUUCUAGCAUGCCGCCACCAUCUUUGGCGGUAUCGGGGUUCCCACAGCACCGUGCCAGCUUCUCCACAGCGCAUAUGCCCACUGGCUACUCUUCACAGCCUUUGUCUCGAGACCACUCUGGCCGAUCGAACCAAUCCUUGAGAACGGAGCCUGCUAGAUUCCCACCCGCGUUUUCCGGGGCUUAUUCCUCCCCACUGGCAUUCGAAAAUGCGUCCCAAAUGCCGCAACUCGAUACUCGACGUGCGCAACAUGUCGUUUUCGGGUCCAGAGAAUCAGUUAUUGAGUCAAGCGGAACGUCACCGUCAUCUUAUGACGCUCCUACCAUGUCGCGCAUUCCAUCUGGGCCUGGAAUGAUGGUGAAUUCAACGGACGGGACGAGCAGAAGUCUUGUUGAAUUCCGACCAGUUUCAGAUACACACCAUAUUCAGUUUGGAGAAACCCACCCUGUCAAUGUGGAUGCAGCCCGGAGGCGAGCGAGAGCACCAGCGCCGUAUCCGGCUCAGAACCUGAUCCCUACUGCCAGUGAUCCGUCGCAGCUUCAGAUGCUGCUCUCGCAAAACCCAAGCCAAGUGCCCAGCAGGCCGGUUUCAUCGCGGCAGAGACGGCGGAGUGGAAGUUCUCCUGUUUCUCGACAGGACCUGCGAGGGUUUGGUCUUCAGUUUCAGUGA